AUGUCUCAUUUCAAAGGCUCAUCGAGAAUGGGCUCUGGUUCAUCACCGUUUUCUGCCGAUGCAGCAACCAGGUUCAAAGUCGCCCAUCAGCGGGUGUCGCUUGACAUUGACUUGUCAACACACUCCAUAUCUGGAUCCUGCGAGAUUAUUAUCAUACCAUUGAGUGAUCGACUGGAAUUCGUGUCUUUUGAUUGCAAAAACCUUUUGAUUGAUGGCGUCAUUGUUGAGGGUCGGCGCUGCGACAACUUCUAUCAUGACGAUCCUUUCAGGACGCAAGCAGAACUUUUCCAGUCGGGCGAUCUGUCCGAAACUGUUCUGUAUCGCGACAACUCCGUCGAGCAGUCACAGUUCCUGCGUAGCAAGUUCAGUGAUCUGGCGGACGCUUCGCAACACUCAGACUCGAAUCGCUCUCAACUCACCAUAAAGAUUCCCUCUUCCGUGAAGAUCACUUUACAGGAUCCCAACUCUCUCACUUUCUUCACACCUGUAACGCCUUCAAUUCGCACGCCCGCCCAGGACGCUAUUUUCUCGCCCAUUAAUAUAAAGAUCAAUUACCAUUUUCGAAAUCCUUUCGGCGGCGUGCUUUUUGACACAACAAGGGAGCAACCGUCCUGGAAUGCAUUUACUUCCAACUCAGAACUAUGCUGCAGUGCUUCUCAAUGGAUGCCAUGUGUUGACGCAUUGGAGGAAAAAUGCACUUGGGAAUUGGACUUUAGCAUACCCAAGACUGUGCGGGACAUAGGCGUGACAAAGGUUGUUGGAGUGCAACAAAGCAAGAGGCGAAGGCGGGACACGCAUGCCUCAGAUGACGAAGAAGACGAAGAAGAAGAAGAUGCAGAAGAAGAAGAAGAAGAAGAGGAUAACCCAAUGAAUCGAGAUAUGGUAGUCUGCUGCUCGGAGUUCACCUCGAGUAAAGAAGCUCCUCAUCCAACCGAUUUGUCCCGAAAAGUUGUGUCUUUUCAACUCUUCAACCCAGUUGCGCCUCAUCAUAUAGGGUGGGCGGUCGGAGCAUUUCAAAAGUAUACUCUUCCCAGGGUAAGCAUUCCGGAAGAGCAGGAGGAAGACCCAGAUGAAUUGAGAGCAGAAGGCGAAAUUCCAGACGAAACCGAGGGAGAUGAUGUUCCGGUUCAAGUCUACGUGCUACCAGGUCCUGGCAUUGACGAUAGAACGGUGUUAAAUACCACACUUGUUUGCCAGGAGGUCAUCGACUUUUACGCCAAGGAGUUUGGCUCUUAUCCUUUUACCUGUUAUUCCAUUCUAUUCCUCGCAUCUCUUCCAGAGAAGAGCAUGAAUUUUGCCAGUUUGACUCUCUGUAAUACUAGAGUUUUGUAUCCUCCAGAGGUUAUCGACUCUAUGUUUGCAUCCACGGAUAUUUUGGCAUGGGCUUUGGCAUCUCAAUGGUCUGAAAUCAACAUAACACCAGCAGAGCCAAACGAUUUCUGGUGUUGCCUCGGUAUGUCAGGUUUUAUGGUUCUGAACUUUCUAAAGAAACUGAUGGGACAAAAUGAAUUCAAAUACCGGAUAAAAACCCAAUCAGAGGCAAUAGUCGAUCAGGACUGGGAGCGACCACCGAUGGCAGAAACCUUUUCUGAUUCUUCUAAGCCGAUCUCUUCUUUGUCUAAAGACUUUGACUUUAUCAAACUGAAAGCACCUGUGGUAUUAUUCAUACUCGACCGUCGAAUGACGAAAACGGAGCGGUCUUUUGGAAUGUCGCGGGUUUUGCCAAAAAUCUUUUUACAAGCCAUGUCAGGGGACUUGCCGAACAACACUCUAUCGACAGCGCACUUCCAGCAUCUCUGCGAGCGUGUCAAUAGAAACAAACUAGAAAAUUUCUUCAGGGAAUGGGUUUACGGAUCUGGUGUGCCCAUUUUCCAGAUAACACAGCGUUUCAAUAAGAAAAGAAUGGUUGUUGAAAUGGGGGUUAGGCAAUGUCAAGCUCAAGAACUUGGGCGCGACAAAACAGUGGGUCCCGAUGGAUUUCAUGCGAGCGCCCUCAACCAUAUGGACCAUUGUGAAAAAAAUAUGACAUCAGUUUUUACAGGCUCCAUGACGAUAAGAAUUCAUGAGGCCGAUGGAACACCAUACGAGCAUAUCGUAGAGCUUAAAGAUGCAUUUACUAAAUUGGAUAUUCAAUACAACACCAAAUACAAAAGACUCAAAAGAAGGAGGAAAAUGAAUAAGUCGGCCAAGCAUGAAGCUAAAGAUGCGACGCCUUUCGAUGGAAGCGAAAAUCUAGCCGAGGACGAUAACGAAGAAAUCGUGUUCGUAAAUUGUUUGGGUGACGUUCUCACGACUCCAAAGGACUGCAAAUCUUGGAACUUAACGGAUCCCUUAUCAACAAGCGAAGAGGAUGAAUUCCAGCAGCAGAAUGAGGCUUUUGAGUGGAUAAGAAUUGACGCCGACUUUGAGUGGAUUUGCAAAAUUCAAAUUAAUCAACCAGAUUAUAUGUUCGCAUCGCAGUUACAGCAGGAUCGAGAUGUUGAAGCUCAAAUUGAUAGCAUUCGAUUUUUUGAGGAAGUUAUCACAAGUGCCAACUCUAAUUCGCGUGUCUACUCUUCGAUUUUGACUAGAACGGUCUUGGACGACAGGUAUUUCUAUGGAGUUCGAGUUGAAGCUUGCAGAGCGCUAUCUCGAUUCAUGAUGAAGGAUUAUGACGAUAAAAGCUUCAAGGGCGGCGCAUGGCAUCUGAUUAUGAUAUUUCGCCAUUAUUUCUGUCACGAUAGUUCCAACAUCCCUCUGAAUAAUAAUUUCUCAAAAUUUUCUUCAUAUUUUCUGCAGAAAUCCAUUCCAACUUUUUUGUCGCAAGUGAAGACAGAGAACGGGACUUGCCCUCAUUUUGUCAAAUCCUUUUUGUUGGACAUCUUGCGCUACAAUGAAAAUUCAGAAAAUGCUUACAAUGACACUUUCUAUGUCGUAACCUUAAUUACGAGUCUGGUUGACAGCUGCAUUCAAGACACGAAUGAUAAGCAAUUUGUUAAAGAGCUCAUGCAAGAGCUGAGAAGAUUUGAAAAUCUUGAUCGUUGGAUUCCGUCGUAUCAGUUCUUGGUGACAAAAUGCAUCAUUUGGGAGUAUGUACGGUUAGCUGUUGAAGGGCUCUGUGAAUUUCCAGAUGUACCGACCAUUCUGCGAUAUGCAAUGAUGGAAGAGGGUGAUUGGUCCGACAAAAGCGGGCGUCUUAGAGAAGGACUCCAGGACUUGGUUUUGAUGUCCUUCAAGGCUGUUCUUAUUGAUGGAGGGAUCAAGAAUCAAGAGGCAUUAAAAUUGUUCUUCGAAUUCUUCUGUUUCCAUACUGACCCAUAUAUCAGAAUUAAAACCGUCGACGUCCUGAUAGAUGCGGUGAACUUUAUUGCUGUGAAGGGUUACCUCGAAGAGUUGGACGAUGACCUUGAAGGAAUGAAAAAAACUUUCGAGAGCUUACCCACAGGUGAUAUUCAUGACACUGGAACUUCGAACAUUGUUCUCGAUGACUCCACUGCAAGUAUUAGAGAGCGACGUGACGUCCAAUUGAGGGCAAGUAUUAUUGGUCUCAUAACAUUGUUACGUCGCAAAUUUGAAAAUUAUGAGCCCCUAAAGGCUAUAUUAUGGAGUGUGUUAAACUCACCUAUCGUAGGCAUUUACCAGAAGAAGCGCUUGAUGGAUUUGAUAAGAGUUCUGUAUCAGUUGCGAGAAUCAUUCUUAGCAUCACUUCCAACUCCGAGGGCUAAGAAGCUUGUCGCCAAAAUAACAUCCAACGGAAUUGUGAAAAUCAAAAGGGAGGGAAUCCUUAAAGUCCACUUGGCUCCUAAGAUCAAAUUGAACAGCAAGUCAAGUUCAAACAAGGUCAAAAUUAGCCUUGCUUCCAGAAGAAUGACACCUUCUGCAGAAAAUCGCAAAGACUCUGCGGUUACUCAAUCACCAUCGAAAAAAUCAAAAUAUUCUAAAGGAGGUAUCUUCAGGUUGGGAUCAAUGCCUCUAAGGUUCGUUAGAAUUUCUUCCACUGAAAAGAAAAUUGACAUCUCUGCCACUUAUUUCAACAAAAACGUUGAGAUUUUACGCGCCAAUGCCCGGUCUCUCAGGAUCAGGAUCAAGACUCAACCCAAAACCGAAAAACCGUAA